GGCGAGAGCGUGCCCGGUCCCCGCCCCUGUUUCCCACUCUUCCUUCCACCUCUGACCGGCCGGAGCUGCGGAGCGGCUCGGCUCGCAGGUCCUCGGAGCCGCCGCCCGCUUCCUCCGCCCGCGGCGAGCCCGUCAAUCCCCCCAGCACUACGCGCUCCUCCAUCUGGGCCAUGGAUGGUGUUGUUACAGAUCUUAUAGCAGUCGGUUUAAAGCGGGGAUCUGAUGAGCUUCUUUCUUCUGGUGUCAUUAACGGACCUUCUACCAUGAACAAUUCUACUCCUUCUACAGGUGUGUAUGCUAAUGGGAAUGACCACAAGAAAUUUAAAGGAGAUAGACCUCCCUGUUCGCCUUCCCGUGUUCUCCAUCUUCGCAAAAUUCCAUGUGAUGUCACCGAAGCAGAGGUCAUAUCAUUAGGUCUACCAUUUGGCAAAGUCACUAACCUUUUGAUGUUGAAAGGAAAAAGUCAGGCCUUUUUAGAAAUGGCUUCUGAAGAAGCUGCUGUUACUAUGAUAAAUUAUUACACUCCUGUUACUCCUCAUCUUCGAAGUCAGCCUGUUUAUAUCCAGUAUUCCAAUCACCGAGAACUUAAGACUGACAAUCUGCCUAAUCAGGCUCGAGCCCAAGCUGCACUGCAGGCUGUCAGUGCAAUCCAGUCAGGAAACCUCUCCCUUCCUGGAGCUACUUCUAAUGAAGGCACAGUGCUACCUGGGCAGAGCCCUGUACUCCGGAUAAUUAUUGAAAACCUAUUUUACCCUGUCACUCUGGAGGUUCUUCAUCAGAUAUUUUCUAAAUUUGGCACAGUCUUGAAGAUUAUCACCUUUACAAAGAAUAAUCAGUUUCAAGCUUUGCUUCAGUAUGCUGACCCACUGAAUGCACAUUAUGCCAAAAUGGCUCUGGAUGGCCAGAAUAUCUAUAAUGCAUGCUGCACUCUGCGCAUUGACUUCUCCAAGCUCACCAGCCUUAAUGUGAAAUAUAACAAUGACAAAAGCAGAGACUUCACUCGCUUAGACCUUCCUACUGGUGAUGGCCAGCCAUCUCUUGAACCUCCUAUGGCUGCUGCUUUUGGUGCACCAGGUAUAAUCUCCUCUCCAUAUGCAGGGGCUGCUGGAUUUGCCCCAGCCAUUGGAUUUCCUCAAGCUGCAGGUCUGUCUGUCCCAGCUGUUCCCGGAGCCCUUGGUCCCCUCGCACUCACCUCCUCUGCUGUCAGUGGAAGGAUGGCCAUUCCUGGGGCAAGUGGCAUACCAGGGAAUUCUGUUCUGCUUGUCACCAACCUCAAUCCUGACUUUAUCACACCACAUGGGCUUUUCAUCCUGUUUGGAGUGUAUGGUGAUGUACAUCGGGUGAAGAUCAUGUUUAACAAGAAAGAAAAUGCCUUGGUACAGAUGGCCGAUGCAAGUCAGGCUCAGCUAGCAAUGAACCAUCUAAGUGGUCAGAGACUUUAUGGAAAAGUACUUCGUGCUACACUGUCCAAACACCAAGCAGUUCAGCUGCCUCGAGAGGGACAAGAAGACCAGGGUUUGACUAAGGACUUCAGCAAUAGUCCCCUGCAUCGCUUUAAAAAGCCAGGAUCAAAGAACUUCCAGAACAUCUUUCCACCGUCAGCCACUCUGCAUCUUUCCAACAUUCCUCCUUCGGUGACAAUGGAUGAUCUGAAGAACCUGUUCACAGAGGCUGGGUGUGCAGUGAAGGCGUUUAAGUUCUUCCAGAAGGACCGUAAGAUGGCGCUCAUUCAGCUGGGGUCUGUGGAGGAAGCCAUGCAGGCGCUUAUAGAGCUUCACAACCACGACCUCGGAGAAAACCACCACCUCAGAGUCUCCUUCUCAAAGUCCACCAUCUGAUCUUUCUGGAAAUUUUUCUCCUUAAACUGGACCAUAAUUUCUGUAAAAAUCUUCAGGCACAGACUGAAGCAGCUCAAGACCAAUUCUGCCUCUUUCAAAAAAGUAACUCUUUGGGAGUUUGGUUGAUACUCAAGUACAUUCAAAACAAGAGCUCCUCCUUUUUUCUUUUCAUCUCCCCGCC